AUGGUGCGUCUGAGGGAAAUCCCAAGGACGGCCACGUUCGCCUGGUCGCCUGGCGCUGCGUCACCAUUGAUCGCAACUGGAACUCGCGCUGGCGCCGUCGAUGCCGACUUUUCUAACAAGACAUGCCUCGAGCUGUGGGAUCUGGGCCUUGACCGCGAAGAUGCGAGCGAGGAGCUGCAGCCGCUAGCUAAGCUCGAUACCGACUCUGGCUUCAACGAUGUGGCCUGGACAACGUCCGAAGACAACAAACGGGGUGUGAUUGCGGGUGGCUUGGAGAAUGGUUCGCUGGAGUUGUGGGAUGCCGACAAGCUACUUGCUGGAUCCAGUGAUGCGUUGAUCUCAAGAACCACUAAACACAGCGGCGCCAUCAAGACCCUUCAGUUCAACCCGAAACACCCGAACCUUCUGGCAACCGGUGGCGCAAAGGGAGAGCUGUUCAUCUGGGAUCUAAACAACAUCGAGAACCCAUUCCGGCUGGGAAACAACGCCGCCCGCACAGAUGAUAUCGACUGCUUGGAUUGGAACAGAAAGGUUCCCCACAUUCUGGUCACUGGUAGCAGCUCCGGCUUUGUGACUGUCUGGGAUGUCAAGACGAAAAAGGAGAGUCUGACACUGAACAACAAGGCCCGGAAGGCUGUCAGCGCAGUCGCAUGGGACCCCGAGAGGCCCACGAAGCUGAUCACAUCUUCUCCCCUCGACUCGGAUCCAGUUCUCUAUGUCUGGGACCUGCGCAACUCCCACGCCCCGGAGCGGACACUUACCGGCCACGAGUCCGGUGUGCUCUCACUUUCUUGGUGCGAGCAUGAUCCAGAUCUCCUCCUGUCUUCCGGCAAAGAUAACCGUAAUAUCUGUUGGAACCCGCAAACCGGCCAAGCUUACGGAGAGUUCCCCGUGGUCACGAACUGGACCUUCCAGACCCGCUGGAACCCCCACAACCCGAACUUCUUCGCAACCGCGUCGUUUGAUGGAAAGAUCUGUGUUCAGACCCUGCAGAACACGAAGACCGAUAACGCCCAGGCCAUCGCCGAUGACAAUCAAGCUUUGGAUGGCGAAGACUUCUUCAACAAGGCGCAGACGCAGCCCCAAGUCUCCAAGUUCUCUCUCCCAAAGGCCCCUCGCUGGCUUGAGCGGCCCUGCGGUGCUACUUUUGGCUUCGGAGGCCGGGUCGUUUCCUUCGGUCUGACCGAGAAGGGCUCUCGUACAUCCAGUAUCAAAAUCACGUCGUUCGAGGUUGAUGAGAGCGUUGGCAAUGCUACCGAGAGCUUUGAGACUGCCUUGAAAGAGGGUGAUAUCAGUACUCUCUGUGAGUCACGCGCUUCAAGUGCUUCCAAUGAAGCAGAAAAGGCAGACUGGAAGGUGAUGCAGGCUUUGAUUUCCGAAAACCCACGUAAGGGCUUGGUGGAGUACCUAGGAUUCCAGGAUCAGGUUGAUGAGGCCGCCGAUACUCUCGCGCAGCUUGGGUUGGACAAGAAGGGAGACGAGGGCACUAAUGGCGCCCCCGCCAAACCAGCCGGCGUGAAGAAGCAUAAGCGUUUGCAAUCCAUGUUCGAUGCCAACCCCGAAGGCGACAGCUUCCUUUCCGAACUGGCUGCUUCCAAGGGUGCUCAAACCAACAACCCGUUCCAAAUUUUCAAUGGAUCAGAAAGCCAGGCUGAGCAAAAAAUUACUCGGGCAUUGCUCCUUGGAGAGUUUGAGAAAGCUCUGGAUGUUGCCCUCAAGGAGGAUAAGAUGUCCGAUGCUUUCAUGAUUGCUAUUUGCGGUGGCCCGAAGUGCAUCGAAAAGGCGCAGGAGUACUACUUCUCCAAGCAGGCUGGUGGUCCUAACUACAUGCGCUUGCUCGCAUCUAUUGUGGGUAAGAACCUGUGGGAUGUGGUCCAUAAUGCCGACUUGUCCAACUGGAAGGAAGUUAUGGCUGCCUUGUGUACCUUUGCCGACGAGAAGGAAUUCCCUGAUCUCUGCGAUGCUCUCGGUGACCGCCUGGAGGAGCAGACCCAGAACAGCGACGAUAAGAGUGCCCGCAAGGAUGCUUCUUUCUGCUUCUUGGCAGGCUCGAAGCUUGAAAAGGUUGUUGCCAUUUGGGUUGAGGAGCUCCGCGAGAAUGAGCAGAAGGGAAUUGAGAGCAACACUGACAACUCUUCCUUCUCUAUCCACGUCCGUGCUCUGCAGGGCCUGAUCGAGAAGGUUACCAUCUUCCGUCAAGUCACCAAAUUCCAGGAUACGGAGCGGAACAAGGACUCGGAUUGGCGCUUGAGCGUCUUGUACGACAAGUAUGUUGAAUAUGCCGAUGUUGUCGCUACCCAUGGACGUCUGCAAAUUGCCCAGAAGUACCUCGACCUUGUCCCUGAGAAGCACCCUGAAGCUGAGGUGGCGCGUAACCGCAUCAAGCUUGCCACGAGAGAGGCACCUCAGAAGGCCCAGCCCGCUGCCGCAGCCAAAUCUGCCUUCAAGCCCCUCCCGCAACAGCCCAAUCUGUACCAGCCGGCGAAACCUUACAACCAUGCUGCUACUCCACCACCGGCUGCUACUCCUAACAUUUAUGCGCCUCCUGCGGCUGCUGUUCCCCAGCAGGCUAACCCAUAUGGCCCUCAAACGACCGCCCCACCAGCUCAGCCUGCUAACCCCUACUCUGCCUACGGACAGACAGCUGGGUAUCAGCCAACUCAGGGAAUGAGACCUACCAGUUAUACUCCACCAUCUGCAUUCGGCGGACAACAACCCACAGGUGCUGGUGUCCCUCCCCCUCCUCGUGCGUCAUCUAAUCAGUCGCCGGCCAACACAAUCACAACAUACACCACAGCCACUGGCCUUCCUGCAUGGAAUGAUUUGCCCGAAGGCUUUGCUAAGGCUCCUACACCCCGCCGUGCAACCCCUGCCGCAGCCUCUGCACCCAUCGCCUCUCCUUUCCCCAACCAGUCACCGAAUCUGACCCAGGGGCCUCCCCCUGUUGGUGCUCCGCGCGCACCAUCCGUGCCUCCCCCGCCAAAGGUGGGCUCGAUGCCUCCGCCGCGCAUGAUGUCGCCCCUGUCUGGUGGCCAGGCUGGAUCUACCAUCCCUGGGCCUUCCCCGCCGCCCCCUGCCAACCCAUACGCUUCUCUCCCUCUGUCACCGCCGUUGACUCAGGGUUCAACCAUGGCUCCUCCGGCAUCGAUCCCCCGCGGAGCGUCGCCCUACAACGCUCCUCCUAGCAUGCCACCCCCAACCAACCGGUAUGCACCAAGCCCGGGUGCCCAGGCUGCAAACCCGCAACUCCAGACUCGUGGCCCGGUGGCACCGCCUCCCCAAGCCGCUGCCUCGCCAUACGCCCCACAAGCAGUAUCACAACCCCCCGCAGCAAACCCAUAUGGGCCCGCCACGCCUAUUGCUACACAGCCUCCGCCUAUGGCCCAGGGAAUCCCACCCCCGCCUCAAGGAUCUCGACCUCCCACGGCGCAGUCGCAGCGGCCAACUCCUGCGGCUCCCAAGUAUCCCCCCGGUGACCGUUCACACAUCCCUGCGAAUGCACAGCCCGUCUUCGAGAUUCUAUCGGCAGACAUGCAGCGCGUCAAGACCCGAGCCCCUGCAGCAUUCAAGGCACAGGUUGACGAUGCCGAGCGCCGCUUGAACAUCCUCUUUGAUCACCUCAACAACGAGGACUUGCUCAAGCCCAACACCGUUGAGGACAUGGCGAACUUGGCCCGCGCACUCCAGGAACGUGAUUACAACACCGCCCUGAAUAUUCAUGUUCAGAUCAUGACCAACCGGACUGACGAAUGUGGCAACUGGAUGGUCGGCGUGAAGCGACUCAUUAGCAUGAGCCGCGCUACUCCGUAA